AUCCCGGCCAAGAUGUCUUCCACACGUGAAGAAGAAAAAUAUUUGGAUUUUUUAAAUAAAUUCGAGUGUUCGUUAUUUAAUGGAGAUGGCGUGGUGAAUAUUGCGGCACUGGAGCAGAUGGCAAGCUGUAUCUCUCAACCCAAUGCGAUAUUUGAUGAGAUUAGACGGAUAGUGGAAUGCUUGCCAAAUGGAGAUUAUCGAAUGAUCUUUAAUGGAACUUUUGCAAAGUGUUUGCUUGGCUCCAAUAGUGGAUUGAAAUCAGAUGAUAUUAGUUCACAUUUUAAAGAACAGAUUUCAAAAGAGCUGUCAUCAACCAAAUCACUUUUGGAAUGCUAUAUAAGGCAACUCCUUAUUUUGUUACUUGGUAUUGCAUGUUUACAAUUGGUCGUCCAGCAAAAUUGGUUGGGUCCACCGUUAAGGGAUGAAGAGUUAACAAAAUUGGGCAAUGGGGAAACAACAAAAAAUCAACCAAAACAAGUUUUUGAAUCCUUAAGCAGAGAUGGAGAGGAAGUAUAUGGUCUCGCUAAAAACAUGGAAUAUUUAUUGGCAGCAAGAACAAUAUUAGCAGAUAGUCGAGACUUGCUUGUUAACAUUAAGACUCAACCUCUCUGGGAAAUUCGAUGCAUUUAUGUUCAUCAGCAGUUGCUUGAAGAACCUUCGCCAUCUCUGAAGGCAGAAGUAACACCUGCAUUAGAAAGAAUUCAUUUCGACGACCAAAGCUUCUCAAGCAAAUUACUCUUUAGAGUAUACUUAGAAAGUAGCUAUCAUUUUCUACAAUAUUUCGAGUGUAAUAAAGCCAAGGAGCAAAUUGAAAAGGCACAAAACUGUGUUGGAUUAGAGCUUUACUUAGAAGGGGCACUCGGUAAAAGAACGAAAUUUCAGCAAAUCGACUACACACAACUUCUAGCAAAAGCAAAAAUAAACAAUUGUUCAGAAAAUGGAGAUUUUGAAAAAUUGGAUUUAGAACAUUUGCCCAAGGAUGUCACGUUGAAUGACGACACGCUUUUAAACAAACCCAAACUCACAGACGGCGAUAAUAACCUUCAGGAAGAACUGAGUUCUCUACAUUUGGCUGCCAUCGUGGCUACCUGUUUUUACAAGCAGAAAUCUCAAGCACAUCAUGAACUUUUAGAUGAGGAGAUACUUGCAAAUGUGACGUUGCUCCUGUCGCAGCCGAGAGUCUGGAUUGUGCAGUCUAUUGCCCUGUUCCUACGUAGUAAAUAUGAGAAGAAAUCAUCUCGCAAGAAAGAACGAAGUAUGAUGCAACUACAGCAACUAGUUGACCAAUAUAGCGAUUCAAAGGCCAAGUUAUCACAAAGAAUGGAGUUGUUUUACAGCGCCCCACUUCCUCCAAGGUGGAAACUGCAGCGAGAACUGGCAAAUCUUUAUCUUGAAAUCGGAGUCACAAAAAGUGCUCUGGACGUUUUCGAAAGGUUACAACUCUGGGGAGAUGUCAUUAAUUGCUACAUAUCUUUAGGGAGAUUUGAGAAGGCGGAAUCUGUUGUCAGAACUCAGCUCAACAUCAAAGAAACUCCAAUACUUUGGUGUCUUCUUGGUGAUGUGACUAAAAAUGAUGAAUACUACAGGAAAGCAUGGGAUAUAUCGGGACAUCGUAGUGCGAGAGCGCAAAGAUCAUUGGGAUACUUGAACUUACGCAAUAAAAAGUUUGAAGAAAGUAUUCCUUGUUUCCAAAAAUCCCUGGAGAUAAACUCGCUUCAGGAGAAUGUUUGGUUUUCGCUUGGCUGUUCUGCUAUGCUAACAGGGAAAUUGGAAAUUGCUGCAAAAGCUUUUCAUUGGUGUGUUUCUCUGAACCCAGAUAACUCAGAAGCGUGGAAUAACUUAUCAUCAGUGUAUAUUAAAAUGAAACAAAAGGAUCGAGCAUUUCGGACACUUCAAGAAGCAUUGAGAGCCAAUUAUGACAAUUGGCAAAUGUGGGAAAACUUUUUAGUGAUAGGUACAGACGUGGGGGCUUUUGAACAAGUUAUCCAAGCCUUCCACCGGCUAAUGGACCUUAAAGAAAAAUACUUUGACAUUGAAGUUCUUGGAAUACUUGUACAAUCUGUCAUUAAUGGCAUAGAGGACAACAAAAGUUUGUCUGCAUCAAGGUUAAAACCAAAAGUGAAGGAACUAUUGGGAAGAAUAACAUCACAGGUUACUGGAAAUGGUGAUGUUUGGAAACUUUAUUCUGACCUUUACAAAGAUGGUGAAUCUGAAGAAGAGAAAGAUAAGUUCUUGCAGUUCUUAGUGAAAGCUAAUGGAGUAAAUAUACAAAAUCCUGGUUGGGAGAAAAGUGAGGAAAAGAUUGAAAAAGUUGUUCAAAUCACCCUUGAACUAUCAAAAGCAUAUCACGAUAUUGCCCAACAUCAAGAGCAGACGACACGAGCUAUUCAACUUUUAUCUUCAUCAAAGUUAAACUUAAGAGGGGUAAUAUCAAGGCUAAAGAAAAACGAAAGUUUCGAAAUAUCAGAAGGAAGAGAGAAGGUUUUAAGUACAGCAUUGUCAAAACUGGAAGAAGAGUUGGAGAAAACUAUGAAUGCGAUUGAUGAUUUAAAAUCUGCAUCAAAUCGGUAAUAUGAGGAGAAAGUUACUCGAUCCUUAGAUUACAUAAAGUUCGGAUUGGGUUCACUCCUCUGACAAGAAGGAAAACAAGAAAAUCACAAGUCACAAGAGACUUCACAAGAAGGCUGACCCAAAUCGAUGAAAGAACAAAGCCUUAUCUACUCUUACAGCCUAUGUGUUAUGUCCUAUAAUAACGGGAGAGAUGUAAGAAGAAAAUGCCGACGCUUUCCAAGAGUACAGGAAGUUCCAAAGAUGGGGCCGAUUUCUUUGAAUUUACUGAUGUGAUUAUGGAUAAUUCAGCUUGAUGGCGUAGUUGGAUUAUCUUGUUUCUAGUAAUUUAAUACCGAUUACAUACUGCCGAUUCAAAUUUCCU